AAGAAAAUCAACACUUACCAUUACACGUAUAAACAAAUGUCUAGAGUAUUAUACAGUAUCCGAACCAGAAAUCAUUACACUGCAGUAAAAAAAAAAGAAAGUAGAGCUUAUAUUGGACCAAUUGACAGGAACAUCUAUAAACCAUUACAAGCUAGAGAGAAUAUAAAAACAAUUAUACCAUACCAUUAGGAAAAACUUUACAAAGAAAACGGAAAAAAUAUCUGGAUAGUUAUACAACAUCAUUAUACUAUUUAGAAUCCCGGAAAAUUAAAAGAUUAUGUCUCACUGUAAAACAAAAUCCUCACAAUGUUAAAGAAUAUGUCUCACAGUAAAGCAGAAUGCUUACAUUUUUAUGAAUACUUGUGUCAGAAAAUUGGAUCAGAGACAAUAGUAAGAGCUAGACGAUUGACAUCUAUAACUGAUGACGCAACAAGAUCCAGCAAACUUAUUCCUAACAUAACCAGUGGAAGCAAGGGAGAAGGACUAGAUCUUAAAGGUAGUGAUAUUGAUAUAAUGAUAAUUCAUCCUUUAUAUGUAAUAUACGAAUCAAAUAAAGAUGUUGUCCAUGAUAGGAGGAAAGUGUUUGUAAUGGAUACUGAGGACACACCACCGUGUUUUACACUACUACAAAGUUAUACCAAUGUUGAUAAAGAAUUAAAUUGUAUCAAACAAAACCUACGACAACACAGAGGUAAAACCCUACUUUCAAGUGAGCUUUAUAAAUCACAACUAACAAAAAACAAAGAUUCAUUCCCAGAGUACAAACCACAAAUUCACGGUCCAUGUUUAUCAAUUUGUGAUGAAUCGUUGGAUUUAGCGUACUGCCUAAAAUGUGAUAAGUGGGUAUCUCAAGCCAAACCAUGGAUCUCAAGAUCACGUUCAAUAUGGCCUUCAUCUGAACUUAUCUCCAAAAUAACUUCAUGCGGUAUUUUAUUUGUUCCAAUUGGCAACAAGGGAUCUAUAAAUGAACAUCUUCAGUGGCGGAUAUCAUUUUCUGUUGCAGAGAAGAUACUGAUUUAUUCUUUCAGUCAUACCCAGUUACUAUGCUAUGCUUUGUUAAAGACAUUAUUGAAAGAAAUAGUAAAUGGAAAGAAAGAAUUAAAAGAUUUAUUGUGUUCAUACUUUUUGAAGACCCUGAUGUUUUGGAUGUUAGAAGAAAAUGACACAUCAGUCUGGAGACCCGACAAUAUUAUUCCCUGUUUUAUGGCCUGUUUAAAAAGGUUAUUAUAUUGUGUAGAAUAUUCAACGUUGUUACAUUAUUUCAUUCCUAAUAACAACUUGUUCUAUUUAAGAUUUAACAAUAAACAAAGGAACUCAUUUAUCAACGUCCUUAAGAAAUCAUACCAAAAUGGAAUUCAGAUUUUCUCGUCUUCUCAAACUUUACAGAAUUACAGACGAUUUCCAUGUGAAACUACAAGAUCGGUGUGCGAAAUAACUACAUUAAUUAAAGUAAUGAUUAAGAACAGACCAGUAUUUUCACUAAAAUAUCUACCAUACUUUUAUAAUUUGUAUACCUUGUUGCAUCAUUGUAAAAGUGAAUUAUCCAGAUGUAUCUUUCAACUGUCAAUCAUAAUAACAUAUCGACUAAUGCCUUUUGCACCACCACAUGUAAAUAACCCAAACAAUAAACAGCAUUACAAACUCUACAAACAUGACCUGAGCAAGUUGUUGGUAGGCGUAGGUUCAGAUGCAGUAUCAGGGUGGCUGAAAUUGGCUUCUUUCUUCUAUGGUCAAAACAAUUAUUUAACAUCAAUAGAUAUAAUAAAUUACACUUUGUCAAAAUGUGAAGAUGAAGCAAUAUUGUCCAAGAUUUCACUAACACAGACAAAGACACUGAAGCUAAUGUCACUAGUUAAGAAAAUACCAUCUCCAUAUGUCUGUUUUGACAAUACAUUAUCAGAUUCAUUCAUCCCGAUGGAGUUAAAGUCUCCUCAUACCUUUGAACUAUUGGCAUAUAUAAGUUCCAUACCAUUUGCACAUUUCCUCCGUUUUCUGUGUUGUUACCAUCUCCAAGACUUUAAAUCAAGUUGGAAUUGUAUGAACAAGUUAUUAGAAACAGUACGCGAAUACGAUCGAUUACAAGAAGGAUUGGAGCAGCGUGGGUUUGUGAACACAUAUAAUAUUCUUUUACAGGGAAUAGCUUUUCAGAUGCUAGGUAAAAUAGAUUUAGCAAGAAAAUACUUUCAUAUUGCUGCACAGGAGGAUCCGUAUAACAAAACAAGUGCUGCAUUUAGACUGCAUCAACUCUGUUGAAGUAAUGACAAAAUGAUAGGAAAUUAUUGCAUAUAUUUAUAUAUACAUGUGUAUUGAAUAUUAACUUAGUGAAAAGCUGGUGACUUAUAGAUGCUAAGCUCUAAUCAGUUGGUUUUUGAUGUAGAGUUUUAUCAUUGUUAAUACUACUUCAUCUAUAUAUUUUCAUGUAAUAAAACUAAUUUUAAUGUUACUAAAAUACCUACUUUUAACGCUAGAUAUAGAAUUCAGUGCGCCCAAAUGUUGUUUUUUGAACUUUAUAAGAUCUGACAUACAUGGUUCAACAGGAU